AUGGAAGUUCUGAACUAUUUCAUAAUCAUUCUUGCCUUCUUAACAAACAACAUAAAUAGUGUUGAAGAUUCACAAGGCGAAUUAAGACUUUCGGCAGUGAAAUUCGGCAAUCCUUUAUCAAGAUUAGUGGCUUUCGUGAUUGAAGAGUUUUACAGGCAAAAAUCCACGGAAAUCUCAAUCCUUCGAGUGGACAAAGAUGCUCAAAGUUACAUAAUUCAAUCAGGAAUCAUCAACGAAAUCAUUUAUGAUGUUCGAGAACCGAUUCUCAUUCGCCUCGAGGCCUUUGAUCGACUGUCAACGAAGGAAAUCGACGUCGGAAGAUUCUUCAACGUUUUCGUCCUGGAUUCUUACGAAUCCUUCAGGAAAAUCAUGGAAAACGUCACUCUGGAAGCCUUCGAUUUCCGCGGCUUCUUCACAAUCGUCCUGACGAGUGUUGAGCGGAAUUACACUCAUUUGGUCACGAGGAUCCUGAAGGAUUGCUGGGAUUUGCAUGUCGUGAAUGUCAACGUCGUGACUUACGAUCCUUACAAAACGGACAGAGCUUUCCUGCACACUUAUUUUCCGUAUAAACCAGAAAAAUGCGGACAAGUGAAAUCCGUCAUUUCGGGAGUUUUUCACGAAGAUCACUUCAUUAACAAAAUAACGAUUUUCCCUGACAAAUUCAGUGACUUCUAUGGAUGUCCACUGACGAUUGGAACCUUUAAUUUUCCUCCAUACAUGAUGAUUACGUCCAUGGAUAAUGAAAGCUAUUACUUUAGUGGCGUUGAAGGCAUCGUUGCUAGAGUCUUAGCUCAGCGUCUUAACUUCACACUUAAAUAUAAAUCAUCCGAAGAUCGUUGGGGAAAGGUACAGGGUGAGAAUUCAACAGGACUCAAUGGAAUGCUUUUCAGAGGAGAAGUGGACUUCAUUGCAGUCUGCUAUCCGGCAGUGAUAUCUGAUCAAGACUCUCCAGUGGCCAGCACGAUUCCUUACAUUAUCACAAACCUGAUCCUUAUUGUUCCCCCUGGAAGGAGUUUAACGGCCAUGGAAAGGAUUCUGUUUCCGUUUAAGAUCACGGUUUGGACGAGUAUUUUGGCAGUUUUUAUCAUCUGGACAGUUGUUGUGAUUUCCAGCAAGUUUCUGCCUGUCCGGAAAAGAAUCUUCAUCUUCGGGUUUAACAACCAUUUUCCGUUCGUGAAUGUUAUCAACGUUUUCUUGGGCGGAAGCAUGCCUUCGAGUCCGAGGCGGAACUUUGCCAGAUUCCUUCUGAUUUCCUGGAUUAUUCUGAGUUUAGUGGUCCGGACAAGCUAUCAAGGAGCUUUGUUUGGGUUCCUUAAAGAGAGCAAAGGCCAUUUGCACGUGAACUCCAUCGAAGAAAUGCAGGAAGAAGGUUUCAAGAUUUACUGCACUGAGGAAUUAGCGCGUCACUUUCCAUUAAAGCAAAUGUACGGCUCCAUGCUUGCAACUACAGAUAGCAGGAAAGCAGAAAGCUUCCGGAAGCAAAUAGUGGACAAUAGUAGCUUCAAAGGAGCCGUGAUUUCCACUGAAUUCACGCAGUCGUAUUUGAAUCAACAGCUUUAUCGAAAGGGCAUCAGAUAUCACAGCGUUCGCCACGAAACAUUACUUUAUCCUGUGUCGAUAAUCACGCAAAGAUAUUCACACCUCUUGAAGUCCUUCGACACUGAGCUGUGGAAACUCAUAGAAAAUGGUCUCAUCUCAAAAUGGGUGUCAGAAUUCUAUGAUAGCAAAUACGUCAAACCUCAACCUGAUAAGGGACUUCAUAAGCCUUUGACAAUGGAACAAGUGCAAGGAAUCUUCUUUAUCUACUUCAUCAUGAUCGGUUUUAGCUUUCUGGUUUUCUUGCUGGAACUUCUUUCUCAGAAAUGCACGUUUUUGCGGCAAUUUUUCAAUUUCUUCAAUUGA